AUGGAUAGCAGCAGUACAGUUGAAGAAGCCUGCUGGGAAGAAGCAGUUGAUAUCUUCAAUGAGAAAUUGACCAACGACAAAGAGAAGAUAAUCCCGCGGGGGAGUUGGAAGAAUGCCACACAGCCUUGUGAUGGCCUGGAGGAACUGAUUAGGGCCAAUCGGGAAGCCUACAGAAAGACGUUCGAUACCCGGCGACCCCGCUUCAAACGACUGGGGGAGGCGCUUCAGACUGUCCACAAAUUUGCGCCCGUGUUUGAUGUGAUGGUACAACAGCAGUCAUUUAUAGCCGUACUCGUGUGGGGACCUAUGCGCUUUGUGAUUCAGCUGCUAGCUGCGGAAUCUAGAGCCGGCCCCGAGAUCUGGCAGGGGCUAGAAAGGAUCGCUUCCUCGGUUCCGCGACUCCUGCAUGGACUUAAGCUCUAUGCGAAGUUCCCCGGUGUAGUGAAAGCCACAGCGGCCAUCUUUGCAAAAGCAAUAUGCUUCCUAGUCAACGCUAGAGCAUUCCUAGACAAGCCGCCCAUCCGUCGCGCUUUUAACGCAGUCCCCAACAGCAAGCUUGAUCGAUGUCUCAAUGAGCUCGAAAAGGAAGAGGAGAUUCUGGCACAGGAAAUUCGAGCAGCAAACGGCCAAGCGCAAGCUGAAUUGCAGCGAGACCACAACGCAUUAGUCACAUCGGUGUCACUGGAAUUCGCGAAGCAAGGGGCGUUCCGCGCUGGUUGGUUUACUCUACGUGAGGCUAGGCAUUCGUUGAUUCAUGAGAACGUGAAUGUUGUCGCGAAAGCUCUACCACAGAUGUGUUUGGAUGCGUCAGCCGUUGACGAUGCUCAGAGAAGAGCACGCGGAUGCGACAGCAUCUCCGCGUGGCUGCAGGAGAAUUCGACGAAGGCAGAAAUUGCCGCUGAGAGAGAGCCUGGUACGUGUGAGUGGGUACACCGCUCCGCUGAAUAUAAUCGGUGGGUGCAGACCCAAAACCAGGGUGUGCUCUGGAUUCAAGGCAAAGCCGGUCAGUCCAAAGAUCAUUUUGGAAUCUCAUUCGGUGAACUAAAUGCAGCAGGCUGCGGUAAAUCGGUUCUGGCAACGUACCUAGCAGCAUGCGCCUCAACUGAUGUCGUCCUGACACAUUUCUUCUAUUGCUCGCGGCGCCGUACCUUGGCAGCAACGGCCUACUUUGCUGUUAGUCUCCUCUCACAGCUACUUUCCAAGUACGAAAUCCAACGGAGCGAUCGCUUUCCUUUUUUUAUUGAGAAGGCUUCGCCGCUUGUCAGCCAUUUCAAUUCUGGGCUUGAAUGCCCCGCAGAUAUGCUUUUGGCAGUUCUCGAUGACGCUCUCACUUUAGUCUCUAGCUUUACGCUGAUUGUUGAUGCUCUGGAUGAGUGCACGGAUCCAGAAGAUUGUGACCGUAUCCUCGGGUAUCUUGGUGACCUUGGGUCGAGGUCUAACACCCAAGUCAUCCUCUUAACCCGCGCCGGCAAAUUCCGUCAAAAUGUCUUCACUAACGCAAUACUAAUUUCAAUGGAGGGCAGCGUUGUCGAGAGUGACAUUAGGCUAUUCGUCGAGGGGAAAAUUGAAAGGAAUGGAGUCUCAAAUCCAGGCCUCUUGAAAGUCAAGCCGCAUAUUGCUAGUAAAAUCUCAUCAUGUAGUCAGGGCAUGUUUUUACUGGCAAGGCUUGUAAUGGAUGACAUUAAAACAGCGGGAACAGUCAGCGAAAUACGCGUGAGACUUGACAAAGCCCCUACUGCACUUGACGAUUAUUAUCAGCGAAAUAUGGAAGAGACUGCCAGGAAGCUUCAUGAAAGAGAUAAGAUUACUCGGCAUUCUAUAUUUCUCUUAUUAAUCGGCGGGCCACUCACCCCCGAAGACAUUUCUACAACACUAGCUUUGAACACGAAGACCCACUGCGUCGAUGAGGACGAGCUGUUUAGUAAUCCCACUAGGGAGGUGUUGAGGCUAUGUGAGCCUUUGGUCACAAUUGUCAAGGGCCAGGUACAGUUUGUUCAUACGUCCGCCAAAGACUUUCUACUCAAGUUCGUGGUGGCUCAAGAGGACUCGGAUGCAUUUCUUGCUCGCAAGUGCCUGAGUAAGUUGAGCCAGAGCCAGUAUAGACUCAGAAGCUACCCUGCGAGACUGCUCCGCAUGAACCUGCUCGCUGGGGUCGCUCUCGAAGUGGGUCUGGAACCAACUACGAAGGAGUCAAUUCCAUACAGAUACGCCUGCCUUCAUUGGCAGGAUCAUGUUACUGCACUUCGAAACCCGUCAGACGAGCUCCUGGCUAUGCUCUCCCGGUUCCUGCUUGGAAACGAGUUCGUUACUUGGUCGGAGACUCUAUUUCAAAUCAAGUCGAGGUCUACCAUCGGUUCCCAGAUCCAGGUGCAAUCUGAUGUACGGGAAUGGUUUGGUAGACUUCCUGAUGAGACCAAAGAGAAAAUUCCCAUCAAUAGUUUCUUCGUUAGAGCGCAUGAAUCGCUCUCCAACGAGUUCAUGAGGGAAGGCGAGGAUAUUAUUCUUCCGUAUCUGCCCCUUAUUCGGCUGGGACAGUAUUUCAAUGUAGGAGGGAAAACGAAUGCAGAUUUCCAGAAAGCGUACCAAUACAAAAUGACCGUCGCAGAAGGAUUUGAGGCAGCUUUGGGCACUCGCAGCCCACUCACUCUGCGGGCAAAGACCGAAUUUUUCAAGGAGUUCUUCUUCCAGAAGCGCUUUGAUGAAGCGGAGAGAGGCUUCGAAGAAGUUGCGCGUAUACAACAAGAGGUCGUCAGCGAAGAUGUCCCUGAUAUCUUCAUCACUCUCCAAUUGCUUGGUCUUGCACAGAUUUGCGUUACGAAAUUUCAGCAGGCUAUCUCCACACUCACGGAAGCGGCCGAUGGCUUUCGCAGAUUGUCUGGUGAUAAGUAUUUCUUGACAUUGCAGACGGAAUUAUUCAGGGGACAGGCCUUGGAACGUGGAAGGAGCCUUCGCGAAGCCUAUGAUGUCUACGAUAAUACUUUGAAGCUUUGGAUCCCCAUUGGAGGCCCUGCUCACCCGUUCUCCCUUAUGCUGAAAACGGCUUUCGGAUCGGUGUGCCGCAAACUCGGUUGUUUUGCCGAAGCCGAAGAGGCUCUCCUAGGCUCACUGACAGCUCGCAAGCGCCUGUUCACAACAGAGAACGUGACUUACGUUGACUCAGUGCUUCAGCUUGCGGCUCUCUACUAUGAAAACGAACGCGGCAAGGAUGGUCUCGAGUAUUUGGGUCUUGUUCAAGACUCAGCCGGUCUGAAGGAUGAGUUUGAGCGGGAGUGUCAAGAAAAGCACAUUCGAGCCCUCAUUAAUCUUGAAGCAGGCUUCUACACGAAGCCGAAAACCGUUUUGCAGAGACUACUAGACGAAGCAUCUGGCCAAGGAAGGAACAAGAACAAUCGCGAACUUUUAUGGGUUCGCAUCACUCUUGCUGACGUACUUCGCCAGCGUGGCAAGUACGACGAAGCUUUGAUGGUCUUUUCCGACCUUGUUUCCCCUCGAUUGGCUGAACUUCCUGUUCAAGCAGGCAGCGAAGACGCUGUUGGAUACAAAUUUCCUUCCUCCCUUGUCGACGAACCAGAGCCCCCAGCUCAACUCACCAUUGCCGAGCGUGCCCUAAGACUCCUCAGAGACGCCAAGCAAGACGAUGCAGAACUCUUGCUUCAGGAAAACGGUUUGAAAUGGAAACGGCAGAAAGAUUUCUGGGUUCUCCAAGGAGGCCCUAUCACCGACACAGCGUCAAUGAGUGGGCUGAAGGCGUUUGGCUUCAAGAUAAUCGAUCAUCCUUCUGCCCCUGAUGAUGGCACUACGCAUUCAUCCCACGAGCAGGAAGACCAUCAGGACAGUGACCAUUCACACCUCGACGUUUGCUAUAAGGGUUGGGUGGCUCGAAUUGAUCACAAAAUGUAA